AUGCUUGAUGGUAGUGGAAGAGCUUGGAAGAACCCUUAUAGUAAUUCGGCCUUUGUUGCUGCACUAUGUACCGGCGAGGACCAAUUUAUCAACCGUAAAUAG